AACACGUGACGUAAGAGUUGUUGCGUCUCGUGGCACCUACACUGGAAGAAAGCAAAAGAAGAAAGCGACGAGAAAGGCAAGCGUUUUUUCAUCAUCUCACCGACCCUUCCAUCACACACCUUUUGCUUAAUUGCCUUCCUCGUCGUUGUGUGCCUACUAAUUCAUUCAUCCAUCCUCUCACAAAUCGCAAUCCCAUUAGAUUUUGUUUCACUCAUCGAUCGUUUUAGCUACCUCCCUAGGGUUUCCACCAAUGCCGCUGGAUUCUUCUGAGCUAGACGGUGAUCCUGAUACCGAGUUCGCCGAAAUUGAUCCCACCGGUCGAUAUGGCCGGUACAAGGAAGUUUUAGGGAAGGGAGCUUUCAAGAAAGUAUACCGAGCUUUUGAUGAAUUGGAAGGGAUUGAAGUGGCUUGGAAUCAGGUUAAGGUGUCUGAUCUAUUGCGUAAUUCUGAGGAUUUGGAGCGUUUAUACUCUGAAGUUCAUUUGCUUAAGACUUUGAAGCAUAAGAAUAUUAUUAAGUUUUACAAUUCAUGGGUUGAUACCAAGACUGAGAAUAUUAAUUUCAUUACUGAAAUUUUCACGUCCGGUACAUUGCGCCAAUACCGGAAGAAACAUAAGCAUGUUGAUUUGAGAGCUUUGAAGAAAUGGUCUAGGCAGAUUUUGGAGGGCCUUUCGUAUCUUCAUAGUCAUGAUCCACCGGUUAUUCAUAGAGACCUUAAGUGUGACAACAUUUUUGUCAAUGGGAAUCAAGGGGAGGUAAAAAUUGGUGAUUUAGGGUUGGCUGCCAUUCUUCAACAGGCCAGUUCAGCUCACAGUGUUAUAGGUACCCCAGAGUUUAUGGCCCCAGAACUUUAUGAAGAGGAGUACAAUGAGCUUGUUGACAUAUAUGCUUUUGGCAUGUGCUUGCUAGAGUUGGUAACUGUAGAGUAUCCGUAUGUUGAAUGUUCCAAUGCUGCUCAAAUAUACAAGAAAGUGUCAUCUGGAAUAAAGCCAGCAUCAUUGGCAAAAGUAAAUGAUCCCGAAGUUAAAGCCUUUAUAGAAAAGUGCAUUGCUAAUGUAUCACAACGGUUGCCUGCAAGGGUUCUCUUGAUGGAUCCCUUCCUUCAGUCAGAUGAUGGUGACAGUGUCGGUCGAUCUUCGAGAUCUAGAACCCAUUCAGGAAAUAACUUUGAUAAUGUACCCAUUGCAAAAAGUGCCAAGGAUAAUUCUGUUGAGGCAAAUAGGGAAUUCACUGUGGAAGGCCAGAGGAGAGAUGUUAAUACAAUAUUUUUAAAACUACGAAUUGCUGAUUCCACAGGCCAUAUUCGAAAUAUCCAUUUCCCUUUCGAUAUUGGAGCAGACACUUCAGUCUCUGUUGCCAGUGAAAUGGUUGAGGAGUUGGAGCUUAGUGAUCAAGAUGUUUCAACUAUUGCUAUGACAAUUGACUCAGAAAUUCAAUACCACAUCCCUAGCUGGAAUCCUAGUGAAAAUCCCAACAAUAAUUCUUAUCAUGAUUCCGGCCAUACCCCUGAAACUAUGCCCGAGGCUUCUCCCAUAACAAAUGAUUCUCCUGGCAGCCUUGCUUUGGAAAUAUUACCUUCAGGUCGUAAGUACUGGUCAGACUCACCUAAGGGUGUUGGUGGAAGCUCUCCAUGUCUGCACGGUUCUUCAAAUUUGACUCAUGAAAUGGAUGCGAUUGCUGAGGAAGGCGCCUUGUUUGCAAAUAGUGCGGAGAAAGAAUGUGAUGGGACUGCUGAUUCCCCUUUCAGUGAAAGUAUUACGUCGGACCAGUUUGAAGCUGCUGGUGAAAUGUCCUUUGAAGAAGAAGCAUCUGUAAGCUUGGAAGAUUCUGAAACAGAAGACAUUGAUAAAAUAGCAUCAAAGCUGGAAACUUUGUUGGGUAUGCAGAGAGAGGAGUUAGACGAACUGAAGAAGAAGCACCAAGUAGCUGUCUCAGAUUUUUUGAACGAAUUUUCUCCUGAAAUUUCCCUACAGCUUCUAAGUAUAUGCAACCUGAAGUUGCCUGACAGUGAAGUGUAGGGUGAGCCGUCCCUUUCCUUAUCUUAAUGCCUAUUUUGUGGGGUUUGUGGUCAUUCAGGGCGCUUAGAAGGAACAAAGUUCCGAAGUUAAAAUCUUUCAUGCAUGUUACUUGGAACAAAUUGCACAUAGUUAAUAUUUUGGGUCCGUGAUUGUUUAAGAGAGGGAUUUGUUUUAGUGGAGCUGUUCUUAUGAUGUUAAGGAGGAAAAGCAGCCGAGUCAUAACUUUUGAUCAUCUUUGCAGGAUGAUUUUGGUUGAGUGAAGACUUAAACUCCUCUUUAGCAUGGAGGCUAAAUGUUAUUGCUGUAUUUAAGGGUAUUGAAAUGAUGGGUCGUCGAAAGACUAGAUUUCAUUCCCCAAUAACAUCUGUACAUAGUUUGGUACAAGUUAUUAAACUAUAGAAAGUGUAUACUUGUACAUACAUAUUCUUGCUUUCGUUUCACCGUUGGUAGCAGUUAAAGGCUGAACAUGAUAUCAUCUAUUCGAUAUGGUGCUGGCAAUUUAUUUUUCAUCUAUUA